AUGAGAUUCAUUUCCUGUUUAAGGAAUUCGGUGCGAGUGGCCACAAAAUGCGGCCCCAUCGACGGAUUCCAGCUCCAUCAGCCUGCCGGGAAGUCGGACAUUUUCCUGGGCAUUCCGUACGCAAAACCGCCAGUUGGGGAGGACAGAUUCGAGGUCAGAUUUUAGGUAUUUUUCGGUAAAAAAUUGUUGUUUUCUACUUUUCUUGAUGCAAUAAGAUGCAAUAGUUGUUAUUUUACUUUCUCGGACAACAAAAUCAACUUUUACCGAUGUUAACUUGUUUUUUACAUCAGCUUUUUGCAUUAUACGUGACUUUUUAUACUUUUUUGUUUAGAAGGCGAAACCUUAUGGAGCUUGGCAUGUUCCGCUCAAAGCAACAAAGUACUCCUUGUGCUGUGUUCCCCAUCAUGAUCGGGACAAUAUGGCCCCAACUUGCGAGGACUGCUUAUCCAUCAACAUUUUUAGACCAUCCGAAAAGGUAAGUGUUACCUAAAAAAAUUUUUUUUUAACUCGGGAUGUAUUUUUAGAGUCCUGACCCUGGCGGUUAUCCAGUAGCAUUCUGGGUCCAUCCGAGUUGUUAUAAUGUCGGCUCUUCGCAAUGGCUAAAAUACGAAAAUGUGGCCGAAAAUUUUGUGACCAAAGGAGUUAUUGCAGUGACUUUUAACUAUCGAUUGGGAGUGUUAGGUAGGUUAAAAUAAGUUAUUUGGCAUUUCUUAAGGACUCGCAUCAACUGGAGAUGAGGUAUUACCGGGAAAUCUGGCGUUAUUUGAUACGGCGUUGGCUCUGAAAUGGGUCUAUGAGAAUGUCGAGGCCUUCGGAGGAGAUCCGGAACGUAUUACAGCUUGUGGAUUGAGUGCUGGCAGUUCGAUGGUGGGACAACUGGUACUAUCGCCACAUAGUAAAGGUAAGAGUUUUAUUGUGAUACGUAUUAUUUAUGAUUUAUUUGGUUGUCUAAUGUCAUCAAAAUUUAAGAUUAUAUAAAGCAAUCCAUCCAACUGAGUGGAUCUUAUUACGCCCUUUGGUCCACUAACGAUCGAGUGGUCCAAGAGACCAAGAAGUUGGCCAAACUCCUUGGGGCUGAUGAGAAUGACAGCAAAUCCAUUAAAUCGGUCCUUAAAUCCACUUGCACUAAAGAAUUAAACGAUGCCAUGGAAUUCUUGGGGACAGCGAGUGAUACGACAAACAUUGCCAAGUUCUCUCCCCGGCUUGAUGGAGACUUCUUGCCCAAGGAUUACCAUGAACUUCUUAAGGAAAGAACGCCGAUUCCAACGUUUUAUGGGUAUUCUGCUCAUGAAUCCAUGUUUUUUGGUAUGAUUUAUAAAUUGGGGAAAGAAAUGUAAAUGUUUUUAGCUGUUCUUGGGUUCCUUAAGUCGUGCAAUGGCCUUACCCUACUCCCUGAGGAAUAUGAAAAGUUUGGGGAGGCGGAAAUCAUCGAGAAAAUCAAGAAAAACCUCAUUCCCGAGAGCGAAUUCGGCGGAAUUGCGAAGAAAAUCCAGGAUCGGGUGAUCUCAUUUUACGUAAGACGUCGUGUCCCUGAGAAUCCCGACCCUUUGUUCUACAUUGCCCGAUAUGUUGAGGUAAAUACUUUACUUUUUUUAAAACAUCGUUUUUAUGUUAUACUUGUGUAUCAAGUUUAUAAAUAAGUUUUUUUUUUUCAGAUUAUGUCCCAUCUUCAAUUCUUUAUUCCCACGGCCUUUGAGAUCAUGGAAAAGCACGAGCACAACUGGCCCAUCUACAUUUCUCGAAAUGAAUAUUUUGCGGAUCAUCAUUUCAAAGAGGGUACCAAACUGAAGGGAGCUGUCCACGCAAGUGAACUCCACACUUUCUUUGGCUUUCCCAAUCCAAGAGCCUUCCAUAUGAACAAGGAUGAUCUGGCCCAUAGGGAUUUCUAUGCAAACAGUCUUUGCAAUUUCAUCAAACACGGGUAGGUGGUCUAGUGUAUGUGUUAUAAAAUUAAUCAAAAAUAAUAUAAAAGUAGUAAGUGUUUUAGAGACCCUUCCCAUUCACUCUUUAAAUGGCCUGUAACCACUCAUGAGAAACCAUGGCAUCAUGUUGCGUUGCAAGUCAACCCCACAAUUAAAGAGCAAUUCAGUGAUGAUGAUCAUGAUGCAGUUAAAUUCUGGAUUGGAUUGUGGAGAGAAUUUGGAGAAAAGGCCAUCAGAAGUGUCCACUUCGCAGAGAGACACGGCCGUAGAGAACCUUUAGGAUCAAGACAUGGAGAAAAUAUUAAGUAG